AAGUGGUAUAUCUCCGUAGCAAACAAAUUGCAAUGUUAUUGUUUACAUAUCGGAUGUUUUGAUGUUCGCUGUGGUAUGUCAGUACAGAAAUGAGUUUGCGUGCAAUAUGGAUCGUUUUACCCAGCAAGGAUGCCGCUUCGCCAUUAUAUGUAAAAUAUUUUCCUACCGUGGAAGCUCGAAGUAAAUCUCAAUUGGGAGGUAAAUAUGUCCCGAUACCAGAUCCAGAAGACUUUGUAAAACUUCUGUUGCUACAAGUGGGGCUUGUUCAUAGAGAUUGUUUUGUCGAGUCAAGGGACGGCUGUGACAAACCAGCUUUGUAUCCGGCAUUUCACUUGGAAGUUGAGAAAGGCACCCUGUGGCCAGUUGUUGUACUAGAGAGCCGGGGCCUCAUGUUCUGUGCCUUGCCACUUGAAGCAGUAGACAUUAAUACCUGCAAGUCUCUCGUGAACAUGUCAAGUGUUUCAACAGCUUUGGAAGUACUUCAUGGAUUAUCAUUGUGUACACCUGUAAAUGGGAUCAACCUAACCCCGGGUUCACUUGCACUAGCAGAAAUCAACAAAUAUAUUUCUGUUUCACUUCCAUUCGGACGUCCUGUGUGUUGUGAUCCAGUCAUUGCCUCUCAGCUUACAAUUCCAGCGUCAAAAAGCAAAAUAAAGGCUGCUUCCUUUCAGCAACCUCUGUGGAAUCCGGUCCCACACAAAGGAAAAUCCCAGGUGGUCUUCCAUGUUAGAGAAGAAGUUCGCUCCAUGCAGUUUGGACAAUCAGAAGUGAAGGAUUCAACAGAAGUUUAUGGAGUAGUUACUUGCAAAGCUGAAGUGGAAGGCGUAGCACCAGAAGUAUCCAUUAUCAUGCAGCAGCCCCCAGGACAGACGCUGUCGAUAAGUUCGACGACUGGGAGUGUCGAAACUAAAGGCACGGUGACUCGCAUCCGCUUCAGGCCGUCAGACAAACAGCCGCUGUGCUGCUAUAUCGUGCACAGCAUCUGCGAGCCUCCCAUUAAAGGAGAUCUUGCUGUUAAGGUUAAUGAAAAUGUGGCAGCAGUGAGCCUGAAACUGCAGCUAAGCAGUGACAUGAGAAACGUUUUCCAACAACUUCAGGCAGUUAUACCUUUCCCUGGUUUAGCCAUCUUGAGAGUGAAACCAAACGCAUCACAGGGGAGCAUUACUAUCCGAGCAAAGAAUGAAAUUUUGUGGAAUAUAGGUUCAAAAUUUCCUUCUAAGCCUCCGGAAGUCAGUUUGGACUGCACAGUGCGACUUCAGAAGGCAGCUGACCAGCUGUCACAGCCCGAUUUGGCUUCCAGCGCUACUAUGUGUGCAAUGCUGUACUUUAGAACUUCUGACUUCACUUACAGUGGAACAAAGAUUGACCCUCAAACCAUAAUGGUGACAACAGCACCAAAAGUUCGAUGCUCCGCAUCUUCAGAAUUUUUGUCUGGAACGUUUACCAUCUGGAACUCCGAGGGGGAAAUUCCUGUUAUCACCAAUCCUCCACUUGAAGAACUACAGUCUUGUUUGUCAGCACCCUGUGAAUAAUUUGAAAUGUUUUACCAGCAGAAUCAGCACUAAAUAUUUUGGACAUAAGACAAUCAAGAGUUUAAAUGUGUUCCUUAAUGUUUGAAGUCUUCUGUUCUGUCUAAAACAUCGUUUAUUUUAUCAGUGUGAUUGUACUUGUACAUGCAAGCACAAAUACACAAGAGAGACAUUGGUAUCAAAAAACAAUGAUAAACAAUAAAUUUAGACAAACAACAUUGAAUUUGUUAAAACUCAUGUGCAAGACCUGAAGAACAAGAUGAUGUUUUAUGGAGAGAGUUAACCAUUCAUUCAAGCUAGGCAAUAGUAAUAGUGCUGAACAAUGUAACAUGGAACUUUACAUGAUGCAAUGAAAGAAAAAAAAAUACACCACAAAUCUAACAUGGCCAGGAAUGUUGUAAAAAUCAGUAGGAAGUAAAGUGAAUAAAUAUCAAAGAGCACUAUUUUCAUACAUAGUACAUAAUGUCAAAGUUAGUUUGUUUAUGUCUCAUAUGGUUAGUCCAGAUGACACAAAGGACAAAAUAAUAUGUAAAGGAUAUGGAUGUGGUGGAGAGGGAACUGUAGAUUGAGGUCACAAGAGAAGGCAUGCAUAGAAUAAAAAGGUGAAUAAAAGCAUUAUUUAUCUUUUUUUAAAGAAAAGUGCAGGGGCUGGUGUGGUUGAGCACCAGUAGACAGUAUAACUAUAUAAACUGUUGAACCUAAUUAGAUUACAGGAAUGUAAGGUAGUAUUAAAAGGACAUCCAUUUUAUGAAGCUCAUAGUCUGGUGCAUGUGGUCCACUGGCACAGUUAGUUGUGUCGGUGUAGUAAGCCAUAGUAUGGCACUCAGAUUCCAUUUGGGUUAGAAUUUUGAGAUAUUUGGGUAGACUUCUUUACGUUCUGUAAAAUAUGGUAUAUGUAAAAGUCUUGCAUGUGUAGUAAAAAUUAUCGUUUAGGAUGCUGGCAUGCCCAGACUUUAAUUUUUGAUUCAGAGUUGAACACAAAGAGACUGUAUUUCUAUAAUACAAAAGGUUUUUAUUCAGUCACUUGUAUAUGUAUGUAUAAUGUUUUGUAUUUAUUUUUGUACUGAAGAAAAUAGACUGUUUUCAUAAAAUGAUGUAUUUUUGCUUUAUUGAUUUUUGUUAUCUUUGACUGCAAAUCUCAUUAAAUAUAAUGUGAUUUUUACCACACUGGGGAACGAACCGAGGUAUGGGUUAUGCAGUAACUCAUUUUAAAUACCUUUCUGUAGUGUUGCAAUGCCUUCUCAACAGAUUCCACAGCAUCUACAUCUAUAUCCACACUCUGCAAACCAUCACAUGUACAUGGCACCAGUUAUUAGGGUUUCUUCUUGUUCCACUCAGUAUAGAGCAUGGGAAGAAUGAUCUACAUCUACAUAGAUACUCAGCAAGGCAAGUCAAGGCAGAGGGUAACCUGUACCACUACCAGUCAUUUCCUUUCCUGUUCCACUCACAAAUAGAACGAGGGAAAAAUGACUAUCUAUAUGCUUCCGUAUGAGCCCUAAUUUCUCAUACCUUAUCUUUGUGGUUCUUACUCACAAUAUAUGUUGGCGGCAGUAGAAUCAUUUAGCAGUCGGCUUCAAAUGCCGGUUCUCUAAAUUUUCCCAAUAGUGUUUCUCGAAAAGAAUGUCGCCUUUCCUCCAGGAAUUCCCAUUUGAGUUUCCGAAGCAUCUCUAUAAUAUUUAUGUGUUGUUUGAAUCUACCAGUAACAAAUCUAGCAGCUUCCUCUGAACUACUUCGUUGUCUUCCUUCAAUCUGACCUGGUAUGGAUCCCAAACAUUUGAGCAGUACUCAAGAAUAGGUCACACCAGUGUCCUAUACAGUGUU